AUGUCAGUUAAAUUUUAUGGAAACUUGGAACAAAAACCGCCCACAAGUAUAGUAAUUCUUUGUAUUAUGUCUUUGUUUUUCCUCAACAGUUCAGGACGGCAGCUAAGUGAAGUCUUCAUUCAGCUUCCAUCUAGGAAAGAAUUGCCAGAGUAUUAUGAAUUAAUUAGGAAGCCAGUGGACUUCAAAAAAAUAAAGGAGAGAAUCCGUAACCAUAAAUACCGGAGCCUUGGCGACUUGGAGAAGGAUGUCAUGUUGCUGUGUCACAAUGCUCAGACAUUCAAUUUGGAAGGAUCACAGAUCUAUGAGGAUUCCAUUGUUCUCCAAUCUGUGUUCAAGAGUGCACGACAGAAGAUUGCCAAAGAGGAUGAGAGUGAAGAUGAAAGCAAUGAUGAUGAAGAAGAUGAGGAUGAGGAUGAAUCAGAGUCAGAAUCAAAAUCUGUGAAAGUCAAAAUCAAGCUGAAUAAGAAGGAUGAAAAAAUCCGAGACAAAGGGAAAGGCAAGAAGCGGCAAAGUCGGGUAAAAGCAAAGCCUGUCGUGAGUGAUGAUGACAGUGAUGAGGAUCAAGAUGAAAAUGACCAGUCGGAAGCAAGUGGAAGUGAUGAUGAGUGAUCCAUAGGGUUUAUUUUCUUGGCAGAACUGAACCCCUUCCCCCCUUCCUUCUCUCAUUUUACACCCAGUAAAUUCAUUUUGUUGAUAGACAUUGGGUUGUUUCUGUAUUCUCAUCCUCUAUAAACUAGCUUUAGGAUAGUGCCAGACAAACAUAUGAUAUCAUGGUGUAAAAAAGGAAAAAAGAAAAAUUUGUAACAUAUUGUGACCAAAUGGGCCUCAAAGAUUUAAAAAAAAAGAAAAAAAAAAGCUUUUGAUGGAAAAAUGUGGGUUGAUAGUAUAUUUCUAUGGGUUGGGUUUAGCUUGGUUAAUGGGUUGAUUGUGCCUGGUUUUAUCGUUUGAUGAGAUGUUUUUGAAUGGCAUCAGAAAGACAAAAAAUGUCUUUUGUAGCAUUGAUAACCAGGAGAAGCCAUUAAAAGCCGCUGGUUAUUUUAUUUUUCAUCAGGCAAUUUUCAAAGUUUUUAUUUGUUCUGUAUUGUUUUUUACACUGUGGUACAUAUAUGCAAUUUGUUUAAUAGCUUAUAAAUGUACAGUAGUUAGCCUCCACCCCACCCUGUCCCAUACGCAUUUUUCCACUUUAUGCUUGAUGAUCUUCAGAAAAAAAAUGCUUUUCAAAUUGUAUCAAAUUUAUGUCUACUGUAAACUUUGCUUAAUUUUUUUCCUCUUGAUUUAAAAAAGUUGGGUUGAAAAAUGCUAUUGAAUAUUGCAAUCUAUAUAGUGUAAUGGAUGGCUUCUUUCAUCAGACUGAUCUUCUAUGUUACCAAUGUGGAUUAUCACCUUUUCCCUAAAGUGUACUUAAUCUUUGCUUUCUUUGCACAAUGUCUUUGGUUGCAAGUCAUAAGCCUGAGGCAAAUAAAAUUCCAGUAAUUUUGAAGAAUGUGGUGUUGGUGCUUUCCUAAUAAAGAAAUAAUUUAGCUCAA